ACAGACCACUGGUAGUGAGAUUGACUGACAGGUCAGGAAUACUAGAGGUCAUUGCCAGCCAAGUGGCAGUGAGCAAACUGCUGGGUGGCAUUGAAGCUGCAGAGCUCUUCAGAAUAAAUUUGGCUCAGAAUGAGUCGAAAAGAGAGGCAGUGAAGGGUGCUGUAGGGAGACUGCUGAGCUCUGGCCAGAAUGACUGCUGGAUCCUAAACACUGUGUUUGCAGUGGACGAGUUUAGCUUUGUAGAGUCACUGACUGUCAGCCUCGUAGACUGGACAGCGUCGGAUCUUCACUGAUGUUGCGUACAUUGAUCAUCACGCUUGCUUUGCGCAUGCGCGUUUCUUACGCCGCGUGUGACCUUUGCUCUGAGGAGGAAGGAGUGAUGUCGUGGAGGCCCUGGACUGCGGCCGCCAAGCGCGUGGCGAGGAUGAGAGGCCACAAGAGAAAGCCCGUGGAACCUAUCAAGGACUGGAAGAUAGUUCGCGGUGAUUUGGUGGAGGUGUUGUCAGGAACAGACAAAGGGAAGCAAGGUGCGGUGUCGGUGGUGGCAAGGAGGAAAAACUCAGUCAUGGUCCAAGGAGUCAACGCUCAUUUGCGACGGCUUCCCUCGAGGGAAGAGUUUUCAGGAGGUUACAUCAUGGCAGAGUCUCUCAUCCACGUCACUAAUGUGUCACUGGUGGACCCAGAGGACAAUAAACCGUGUAAGGUGGUUUACAAGUACAUGGAGGACGGGACAAAGGUCAGAGUAUCCAAGAGGAGUGGCUGUGUCAUCCCCAAACCUCCCCACCUCGCUGACCGCAAGGACUUCAAGUCUCGCAGUGGAUACCUUGAGGGUGACAAGGACACCAAGGCUGCAGGUGUAACCAAGGUGACGUAUGUGCCCUCUCUGGCUACAUUUGAGGAAGACAUUGAUGAACUCUAUCCGCCAGCACCAUUACUAGCAUCUAUAGCUACAGAUAGUCCAAAAUCCUCUGUACACCAUGCAAACUAAUACAGUGUGUUCUGCUUAUUAUGUCCUACCCAGAUACCAUGGCAACUAAUAUGUGUUCCGCUAUGUCAUAUAACAAUUUCGCAGAUGACCAAUAUAUUAUACAACAUUCCCCACUCACGUAAAGUAAUUAAUGUCAC